CGUUGCUGUAGUUUUGUUGUUUACUCCUCUUGGGAUCUGCAGUGGUACGAUUUCCCCUUGUGCUUUUUUGGUUUGUUUUGUUUUUGUUUUUGUUUUCCUCCUCUCUCUUUGAAAAGAUAACAAUGCUAUGCUUGGCAGAAAUGGAUACAGGAAGAGCAGCGCAGUUCAAGGAUUAAGGGAGGAGGCGUUUUCUCUCUUUUCCUGGGAUUUAAACGCGAUUUUAGAAGGGUAGAUGCCCUGCCCGAAAAGGCCAGCCUGUAAACACCCCAGCGGUGUUGAGGUCCAAAGCGUCUCAAAGCAGGUGGCCCGAUCUGCGUCCCUCAUCAGCGGACUCGCUCCGGCUGUGGCUAUUACGGAACUGAUGCGCGUGCGCGUGGUGGGCCAUUAUGCUGCUGCACCUGUGUAGUGUGAAGAAUCUGUACCAGAACAGGUUUUUAGGCCUGGCCGCCAUGGCGUCUCCAUCUCGAAAUUCCCAGAGCCGGCGCCGGUGCAAGGAGCCACUCCGCUACAGCUACAACCCUGACCAGUUCCACAACAUGGACAUCAGGGGCGGCCCCCACGAUGGCGUCACCAUUCCCCGCUCCACCAGUGACACUGACCUGGUCACCUCGGACAGCCGCUCCACGCUCAUGGUCAGCAGCUCCUACUAUUCCAUAGGACACUCACAGGACCUGGUGAUUCACUGGGACAUCAAGGAGGAAGUGGACGCAGGGGACUGGAUUGGCAUGUACCUCAUUGAUGAAGUCUUGUCUGAAAACUUUCUGGACUAUAAGAACCGUGGAGUCAAUGGUUCUCAUCGGGGACAGAUCAUCUGGAAGAUUGAUGCCAGCUCUUAUUUUGUGGAACCUGAAACUAAGAUCUGCUUCAAAUACUACCACGGAGUGAGUGGAGCCCUGCGAGCCACCACCCCCAGUGUCACGGUCAAAAACUCAGCAGCUCCUAUUUUUAAAAGCAUUGGCUCUGAUGAGACCGUCCAAGGGCAAGGAAGUCGGAGACUGAUCAGCUUUUCUCUCUCAGAUUUCCAGGCCAUGGGGUUGAAGAAAGGGAUGUUUUUCAACCCAGACCCAUAUCUGAAGAUUUCCAUCCAGCCCGGGAAGCACAGCAUCUUCCCAGCCCUUCCUCACCAUGGGCAGGAGAGGAGAUCCAAGAUCAUAGGCAACACCGUGAACCCCAUCUGGCAGGCUGAGCAAUUCAGUUUUGUGUCCUUGCCCACUGAUGUGCUAGAAAUUGAGGUGAAGGACAAGUUUGCCAAGAGCCGCCCUAUCAUCAAGCGCUUCCUGGGAAAGUUAUCGAUGCCUGUCCAGAGACUGCUGGAGAGACACGCCAUAGGGGAUAGGGUGGUCAGCUACACACUUGGCCGAAGGCUUCCAACAGAUCAUGUGAGUGGACAGCUGCAAUUCCGAUUUGAGAUCACUUCCUCCAUCCACCCAGAUGAUGAAGAGAUUUCACUAAGCACUGAGCCUGAGUCCGCAGAAACUCAGGGCAGCCUCAUGAACAGCCUGGUGGGAAGCAGCCGCGGGGAGCCUCCAGAUGAUGCUCUCAAUCCCUGCGACAGGUUGAAGGCAGUGCCCCUGAGUGAGAGUAACUCCGUGGAUGGUGCAGGAAGCCAGAUCCUGGAGCCUGCAGAGCCAGUGGAGGAUGUGUCUUGCUCCAUGGAAGCAGACGACCACGGCAAGGCCUUUGAGGAACCCGAGGGGUCUGGAGAGCCACAGGACACCCAGCCCUCCCUGAGUGCAGAGGAACUGGCCGAGGGGCUCGGCCUGGAUGAGGAAGCACCACCAUCGUUGCUGCUGGAGAAUGGCGAUGCACCUGUCAGCAAGGAGGAGCCGGGGCAGGAGGAAGCACUGUCUGGGAGCAGGGCAAGAGGGGAGGAGGAGGAAGAGGAGGCGGAGAAGCCGGAGCAGGCCGCGGAGGAGGUGGAGGUGGAAGAGGGGGAGCCUUCCAACCCUGAGCAGGAUGAGCGCACGCUGCCCCUGCGGGCCUCAGCCAAGAGGAGGAGCAGGCCGUGCUCGCUGCCGGUGUCGGAACUGGAGACCGUGAUCGCUGCAGCCUGCGCCGACCCCGAGACGCCGCGCACGCACUACAUCCGCAUCCACGCGCUGCUGCACAGCCUGCCUUGCGCGCGCGAGGAGGGCGGCAUGGAAGAGGAGCCCACGCUGCGCGAUGCUUCGGACAAGGACGCUCUCAGCGAGGCGGAUACGCUGGCUGCCGAGCCUCCAGCGCUGGAUGAGGACACAGCUGAACUCCAGAGCGGCCCUACAGGCUUAGGGACCCCGAGCCACCCCGGGGGCCACCUCCCGGGCCCCGAGGGUGACGCGCACCCGAGCACAGGCAGCGAGAGCGACUCCAGCCCGCGGCCGGGCGGCGAACACAGCUGCGAGGGCUGCGACGCGUCGUGCUGCAGCCCCUCGUGCCACAGCUCCUCGUGCUACAGCGCGUCGUGCUACAGCUCCUCCUGCUACAGUGCCUCCUGCCACAGCCCCUCCUGCUACAACGGCGGGAGCCGCUUCGCCAGCCACACGCGCUUCUCCUCGGUGGACAGCGCCAAGGCCUCCGAGAGCACUGUCUUCUCCUCGCAGGACGACGAUGAUGAGGAGAACAGCGCCUUCGAGUCGGUACCAGACUCUGUGCAGAGCCCGGAGCUGGACCCCGAGGCCACCAAUGGCGCGGGGCCAUGGCAGGACGAGCUGGUCGGACCUGGAGGGACAGUGGCGAGAACUGCAGAAGGUCUGGAGUCCCCCAUGGCAGGUCCGAGCCAUCGGAGAGAAGGUGAAUGUCCUAUUCUCCAUAAUUCCCAGCCAGUAAGCCAGCUUCCUUCCCUGAGGCCUGAACAUCACCACUACCCAACAAUCGAUGAGCCUCUUCCACCAAACUGGGAAGCUCGGAUUGACAGCCAUGGGCGGGUCUUUUAUGUGGACCAUGUGAACCGUACGACCACCUGGCAGCGCCCCACGGCGGCGGCCACCCCGGAUGGGAUGAGGAGAUCCGGCUCAGUCCAGCAGAUGGAGCAACUCAACAGGCGGUAUCAAAAUAUUCAGCGAACCAUUGCAACAGAGAGGCCUGAGGAAGACUCUACCAGCCAAAGCUGUGAGCAAGUCCCAGCCGGAGGAGGUGGAGGUGGAGGGAGUGACUCAGAGGCUGAAUCUUUCCAGUCAAGCUUAGAUCUGAGAAGAGAAGGGUCACUUUCUCCCGUGAAUUCACAAAAAAUCACCUUGUUGCUGCAGUCCCCCGCUGUGAAGUUCAUCACCAACCCCGAAUUCUUCACCGUGUUGCAUGCCAAUUACAGUGCCUACCGAGUCUUUACCAGUAGCACCUGCUUAAAGCACAUGAUCCUGAAAGUCCGUCGAGAUGCACGCAAUUUUGAACGCUACCAGCACAACCGGGAUUUGGUGAAUUUCAUCAACAUGUUUGCGGACACUCGAUUAGAGCUGCCCCGGGGCUGGGAGAUCAAGACAGAUCAGCAGGGAAAGUCGUUUUUUGUGGACCACAACAGUCGAGCCACCACUUUCAUUGACCCCCGCAUCCCUCUGCAGAAUGGCCGCCUUCCCAAUCAUCUGACCCAUCGCCAGCACCUCCAGAGGCUCCGAAGUUACAGCGCCGGUGAGGCCUCAGAAGUUUCUAGAAACAGAGGAGCCUCUUUACUGGCCAGGCCAGGACACAGCCUGGUAGCUGCAAUUCGAAGCCAGCAUCAGCAUGAGUCAUUGCCUCUGGCAUAUAAUGACAAGAUUGUGGCAUUUCUUCGCCAGCCAAACAUUUUUGAAAUGUUGCAAGAGCGUCAGCCAAGCUUGGCGAGAAACCACGCACUCAGGGAGAAAAUCCAUUACAUUCGGACAGAGGGUAAUCACGGACUUGAGAAGCUGUCCUGUGAUGCAGACCUAGUCAUUCUGCUGAGUCUCUUUGAAGAAGAGAUCAUGUCCUAUGUACCCCUGCAGGCUUCCUUCCACCCUGGGUACAGCUUCUCUCCCCGCUGCUCACCCUGUUCCUCACCUCAGAACUCCCCAGGUUUACAGAGAGCCAGCGCAAGAGCCCCUUCACCGUAUCGGAGAGACUUUGAGGCCAAGCUCCGCAACUUCUACCGAAAACUAGAAGCCAAAGGAUUUGGGCAGGGUCCAGGGAAAAUUAAGCUCAUUAUUCGCCGGGACCACUUGUUGGAAGGAACCUUUAACCAGGUGAUGGCCUAUUCCCGCAAGGAGCUCCAGAGGAACAAACUCUAUGUCACCUUUGUUGGAGAGGAGGGCCUGGACUACAGCGGGCCUUCUCGAGAGUUCUUCUUCCUUUUGUCUCAGGAGCUCUUCAACCCCUACUACGGACUCUUUGAGUACUCUGCGAAUGAUACUUACACGGUGCAGAUCAGCCCCAUGUCAGCAUUUGUAGAAAACCAUCUUGAAUGGUUCAGGUUUAGUGGCCGUAUCCUCGGCUUGGCCCUGAUCCAUCAGUACCUUCUGGAUGCCUUCUUCACAAGGCCCUUCUAUAAGGCACUCCUGAGGCUGCCCUGUGACUUGAGUGACCUGGAGUAUCUGGAUGAGGAAUUCCACCAGAGCUUGCAAUGGAUGAAGGACAACAACAUCACAGAUAUCCUUGACCUCACUUUCACUGUUAACGAAGAAGUUUUUGGACAGGUAACAGAAAGGGAGUUGAAGUCUGGAGGAGCCAACACCCAGGUGACAGAGAAGAACAAGAAGGAGUACAUCGAGAGGAUGGUGAAGUGGCGGGUGGAGCGCGGCGUGGUGCAGCAGACGGAGGCACUGGUGCGGGGCUUCUAUGAGGUCGUAGACUCAAGGCUGGUCUCAGUGUUCGAUGCCAGGGAGCUGGAGCUAGUGAUUGCUGGUACCGCAGAGAUUGACUUGAAUGACUGGCGGAAUAAUACCGAGUACCGGGGAGGCUAUCAUGAUGGGCAUCUCGUGAUCCGCUGGUUCUGGGCUGCAGUGGAGCGCUUCAAUAAUGAGCAGAGACUGAGAUUACUGCAGUUCGUCACAGGAACAUCCAGUGUGCCCUACGAAGGCUUCGCAGCUCUCCGAGGCAGCAACGGGCUUCGGCGUUUCUGCAUUGAGAAGUGGGGGAAAAUCACAUCUCUCCCCAGGGCACACACAUGCUUCAACCGAUUGGAUCUUCCACCCUAUCCCUCUUACUCCAUGUUGUACGAGAAGCUAUUGACAGCAGUAGAAGAAACCAGCACCUUUGGACUUGAGUGAGGAAACAGAACCUCACUGACGUUUUCGUGGCCAGUGACAUCACCCUUUCUGGGAUGAUCCCUUUCCUAUCCCCUUAAUCAACUCUCCUUUGAUUUUGGUAUUCCAUUAUUUUUAUUUUCAAACCAAAUCAGGAUUGACAAAGCUGUGCAUGAAGAACUGCCUUCUUCUAAGAUCUAACCUUCAGGCUUCUCUCCUCUGUUUCCAAUGAACUGCUAGCCUGUAUGCAAUAUUAAAACAAAAAAACAGCUGUCUCAAGGUCUGUGUAUAUCUCCACAUACCUCCAUUACUAACAAUGAAAUAUGAAUGCAAGCAAUGCUAUUCUCGACCAAAUGGUAAUAAAUGUUUACUUCCAUUUCUAUCGUUUAAGGGAAAAUUUAAGCAUUUGCAUUCCAAGCUUUUAUAUGCCCAUAUCUUCUGAGCAGAGCCACCACUUUUUAUCAUUUCUGACAAUCAACUCCAGACCUAGGAGCUGAUUAACCCUUUGUUUUCCUCCCACUCUGCUUUUCCCCAUGUGUGCUACCCACCCGAAGGACAGCAAGUGGCAACACUGAACUUUUUAUACAUUCAACUCAUGAUUCAUAGGUGGCAUCAGUCCCAUCAGCCGGAACUAGCCUAGACAAAUGGUGCAAAUAUGACAUGUCCAAUAAUUAACAACAUCAAGCUAAACACUCCCUGCUGACGUGACGCAGUGCAUCCCAGUGAUUGUGGGGACCGUGGGCUCAACUUGAAUUCAGAGAAGUCAGGAGGUGGGUGAGCACCUCCAAUAAACACCACACGAGAAGCACAAACUUGUGCACAUGUUUACGAAAGAAGUCUUCGCUGACGUAGGCGAAAGGAUGAGGUUUCAACCUCCUUGUGUUGCAUAAAAUGUGGUAAAACAAAUAGGAGAAAGGAGAUGAAGGACAUAGUACAUUGUUUUGAAUACCUGGGUUCUGUACUGUUUUGUUCAGUCUAGGUACAGUUCUUCACAGCAGAAAAAAAAAAUGUGUAGUUAAUUUCACGACUUUUGUUAAAGCCAAGUUUCCUUACUCAGCAGGCGAACUUUGUUUUUUCUUUAAGCUAUUGUUUUCAUACACUGUUUUCUUUUUUAAAUCAUGGUGGUCAAGUUCCUCCACAUUGGGUCAUCCGCGGAGACCACACUAAGAAGCUGCAGAGAGUGACGGUGCUUGUUAGGGAUCAAGGGCAAUAUGUACUUCUCCUCCAUCCAUAGCAAUCCUCCAGAGGCACAUUCGUUUGUGUCAAAAUAAAUAUCCAGUUUCUUUGAGCAUUGAGUAAAAAGAUACGUUCCAAAACUUUUGUGUUUUCACAAAAUCGGUUGCAGGCUCUAAAGGCCUCACCUCUUAAUUACAUUUGAGAUCAACCCAACCACAGUGGUCAUUUGCUAUUUUUGUAACCUUGUUACCCAUGUUGUCUGAAAUGUGUCAGAAAUGAAAGUGUUUUUCUUCACUGGGAAAAGAAAAGUUAAAGAGACCUGACUAUGUAAAUGUCUCAUUAUUUUCAAUGUAUUAAAAGAAGGAGAAAUGUGAAAAAUGUAAAACAAAAUUAAUUUCAGAUAAAACAAAAUUAAUUUUCAAAUUAAUUUUCAGAUGAAAAAUGUAAAACAAAAUUAAUUUUAUGCCUUGUAUGUGAACAGGGUGUUACUUGUGUUCCUUGUACUCUGAAAGAAAAUAAAGCUAAAAUAAACUCUAAAAUAGUAUAAAGCUGUAAAACUAAAUAGGAAUUAGUAACAAUGCCCAGCACCACUUGCUGCCGUUUUUCUGUUCUCAGUCAGGGAGUAUAUAUUAUAGAAAUUUAACAUUUAUCUAAUAUUGCUUACAAAGAAUAUUUACCAAGAUAGGAUGGAAUGUGUAAGUUCUAUGAUACAGAGUUUGAGGGAUAUGUAAAAUUCAGUACACAUUUCAGUAUCUGAAAAGUGAUGGAUUCCAGGACAGCUGUUGUAUAUGAAAUGAGAACACUGGGAUUAUGUAAGUCAUUUUAUCAUAUCUUUAUUGUAACUCCUUGCACAGCAUCUCUAAUAUGGGGGAUGUCUUUAAUCUUUAGAAUUUAGUAUUAUAUAUAUAUAAUCAUUAAUUUAAGCAUUCAAAUCUUUUUUUCAUACUUGUUUUUUGUGGUAGUGGGGACUAAACCCAGAACUGAACUGAAGUACAUCCCCAACCCCCCCCCCCGGUCUUUUUCCCACAGCACUGGAGAUGUAACCCAGGGCCUUUCCACUGAGCUGCAUUCUCAGCCUUUUUUCUUUUUCUACUU